GGUGUAAAGUGUAAACAAGAAACGGGACUACGGGAGGGGGAAAAGAAAAGCUUUGCAGUAACAAUCCGAAAAAGAAAAUUCGCUAAAACCCUACCGGAAAAUGUGGCGAAACCCUGGUCGGCUGAUCGGAAAGGCAAGAACAACAUGGCCAGGGAGGCAGCUUUCAACGGCGGCUCCGGAGCCUUCAUAUCCAGGACCAGGCUAUGUCGAAAAGAAGCCGGGGCUGUACCGGAUAUUGUCCGCCCUAAGAGCCACCGGAGGGACGGUGACCAAGGCGUUGAAUGACUACCAGAUGGAAGGACGAGCCAUCAAGAAAAACGAGCUGAUGCGCUGCGUUAAAGAGCUUCGGAAGUACGGCCGCUUCGAUCAUGGCCUCGAGAUAAUGGAAUGGAUGGAGAAAAGAGGGAUAAACUUUGCCCAUGGCGAUUUAGGGGUGCGGCUGGAUCUAAUCUGCAAAACCAAAGGGAUAAAGGAAGCUGAGAAUUACUUCAACGGACUGCCGGAUUGGGGGAAGCAUUUACCCACUUACGGAUCUCUACUCAAUUGCUACUGCAAAGAGCUGGAUUCAGAGAAAGCACUCCAACUGUUCGACAAAAUGGACGAGCUGCAAUUGAUCAAAAACUCAUUGCCUUUCAACAAUGUGAUGUCUCUCUACAUGAGACUCCGCCAGCCCGAGAAGGUCCCCGAUCUCGUGACUCAGAUGAAGCAGAAGAAUAUCUCUCCCUGCACUUUCACCUACAGCAUAUGGAUGCAUAGCCUAGGUCAGCUGAAAGACAUGGAAGGAGUCGACAAGGUGCUCGAAGAAAUGCGAGGAGGAGGAGAAGACAAGACCGACUGGGCUACUUACAGCAACUUGGCCACCGUCUACACCAACGCAGGCGACCUCGAGAGGGCCAGAUCGGCUCUCAAAAUGGUAGAGCAGAAGCUCGAUUCCCCCAACCGCCAAGCGUACCACUUCCUCGUCACGCUCUACGCUGGCACGGGGGAUCUUGACGAAGUCCACCGAGUGUGGGGAUGCAUCAAGUCGAAGUUCAAUCAGGUCACCAACUCGAGCUACCUGGUGAUUAUUCAGGCCCUGUCGAGGCUGAAAGAUGUCGAGGGUGUGUCGAGGUUGUUUGCAGAAUGGGAAUCUGCCUGCUCGAGUUACGACAUGAAGAUUGCGAAUGCGGCUGUGAAGUUUUAUCUGGAGCGAGGGAUGUGUGAAGAAGCUGAAAUGGUGUUUGAUGGGGCGACGAAGAGAACUCAAGGGCCUUACUUCAGGGCUCGGGAGAUGAUGAUGAUCUCGUUCCUGAAGAGGCGGCAGCUGGACUCGGCACUGCAGCAGAUGAAGGCAGCGUUGGCAGAGAUCGGGGUGAACCAGAAGCCUUGGCGGCCAAGUCAAGAGACCGUGGGCGCUUUCUUUAGCUUUUUCGUGGAAGAGAAGGAUGUCAGUGGAGCUGAGAAGCUAGUCAAGAUACUGAAACCGAUCGAGCAGUGCGGUUACAAUGUGUAUAGCCAGUUGCUGAAGACAUACGUAGCUGCUGGUGAAUCGGCUCCUGGUAUGCGUGAGAGGUUGGAGGGAGAUGGUAUCGAAGUAGAUGAGGAGCUGAAGAAGUUGCUUGAUAUGGUAGAGGCUGCGUGAGUUUGAAGAAAUGUUGAGAAUUGAUUGUAAAUGGAAUUUCCAGUUAAUGCAGACACAAGAGAAUCAUUUACAACCAUGACUCCUAAAUACACCAGUUGCUUUCUCCAAAACUGAAGUCAUUCCUGCCACUGGGAUUUACCCCCAAAAUUAAUAGGUUGAACUUCGACAAGGACCACUGCUGGAGUUUGGAUGAAGUGCCUGGAUCUCGAAGAUUUUGUCAUUCUUCUUCCAAUGGAAAGCAGUAAUUGUCGUGUGAAAAGGGCUUUCAAAUCAGUGAGCAGUCUAGACCUUCUGCUUUGGAGUGACAUUGAUGAUCCCUAUUUCACUUUUAUGUUGGUAGUGUUCGUCUGUAUCCACCUCUUCGAUUUCCUGUAAAACAUUUUGGUUAAUACGAUUACUGCGGCCCGAAAGGUAGUAUAGAGACCACCGGUGGAUUUCAGGCUCGAGAAAAGCGAUGUCUGGCUCAUCGUUGAGAAGGUCCGCCAAGGUUGCUCUCGCAGAUUGCAGGAGGUAUUUGUAGUCACGUGUCUUCGUCCUCUCUCCGCGUUGGUUAACAGUUGGUUAGGGAUGGGAAUUUCGACCUGACCCGAUUUACUCGACCUGUUUGGCCUGUUUUGGAGCAGGUCCGACUCGCUCCGUAGGCGGGGCGGGCGGGUAGGGGUACUUCUCAUUGACCCGACCUGUUUCGACCCGCCCCAUUCUUGACCCGUUCCUGCC